GUUGUCCUAUUCUGAUCAUGUUGUUAUUUUCCAUUUUAUAAAUGAAUAAAAAAUAUUCACUUUGAUUUGCAAAUAUAGAGCAUCCGAACCGGAUUAACUAGAAGAUUUCAAACUCGUGUUGACGCAUCUUUGGUCGAAGCAAAUAAGACCAUCUCUAACCCAAUUCUAUUUUUAUCUCUAUAUUUUCUUUUAAAAUAGAGAAACUCUAUGAGGUGGUCUGUGUUUGUUUGUUGCAGCAAAUAAGGUGGUUUUAAAAAGUAAGAGAAAUAUUUAUUUAGGGUCCAAACAAAGUUAUAUGAGCCCUGGACCCAAAAUACACCACUGUGUUUUAAAGCCUUAUCUCUUGCCUUGCCUUGUCUUUUAAAUUCCUGUCCAAAAAAGUAUUAAUAGGACACUUUCGAGGUGUUCCUGCCUUGAAUAUUCAAAUUAAAAGAUUUCAUCUUCAAUUCUUCAUAAUACUACUAGUAGGUAACUAGGUGGAUGUACGAUAAUUUAUUCAAGGUUUGAUGUAUGAGGUUAUUUAUUGUGUACGUCAAAUUGCACGUGGUAGGCAAAUAUUAUUCAUUUUUUCAUAGGGGUGGGAAAACAUUAGGACCCAAAACAUUAACAUGGCAAAAAAUAAUAAAAAUAUAUAUGGUCAAAGAGGAAAAAAAAGGCUAAAAAAAUGCUUGGAAGAUGGAAAAAGGAAGGCUUGCAGCUGCUACUUCAACCGUUAUUUUAUGGGAAGAAGAGUGACUUUUGGUCAGUAAAGUUCUUAUAGAGAAUCCCCUCCUCCUCACCUAUCUUCAUUUAUGUCCUUCCCUUGACUGCCAUUUUCAAGUAUUGUCAUUUUCUUACAACCAUCGGCAGAACGAUUAUUAAAAUGCCGCUAAGUACUUUACGUUAACAAAAACAGGAUUAUGAAAUAUAAGAACAUGUUUGACUAACAAUAUAUAAACUGAAAAUUAGGAACCAUUAUUCUAUACUAAACAAGAAAAAAACAUUUUAAAAAGUCAUGGGGAUUUGAUCUUUUUAAAGUAAACUCCGUUGCCUUGAGGAGUCAUUUAAUUUUAAGGACUUGACCCUUCUCGGUUCCUCGUGGUUAGGUCCUGAGAACAUCGAAUAUAUUAUUUUUUAACAAUAAAAUAUAGUACAAGAUUGGUUAAUAGAGAAACGUGUAAAGAUGUUUACUAGAAGUAGUUGCAUAGGCAUAGCGUUCCUCGUCUUCUACUUUUUGCUUUAUAUUCACGUAAACUCUUCUGAUCUCUCUUCUUUUCUAAGCUACCUUUCAUGUGACCUCCAUUACCCACUUCUCUUCUUUUAGUAUUUCUUGUUCCCUUUCUUUAUUUUCCCACCUUACCUGUAAUUUACUCUUGCCACUACAAAUUUGAUGUUCAGAGAUUGAUUCAUAGUACUCAAAGAUUAGUCAUGGACAAAAAGUCUAAUCAAACAUUAGUUUGAUCUCUAAAUUUUAAAUAACUAUAUCUAAUAGCUCCAAAAAUUUAAAAAUAUUUGUUAUAACUCCAUACCAAUCUAGUGCAUUGUAUGAGUCAAUAACUUAUGUUCAGAAUUUAGAGAUUGAUUCAUAGCAUAUAGUUGUAGAGAGAUGUGCAUAACAAAAACAAACCCCACCCGUCUCUUGAACUCACAACCUCCACUCCAUUAUUUGGUUGCAACUACAACACACCAAAAGAUAAAAGACCCACAGCCUUUCCCUGCAAGUACUUCUACACAUCACAUUUCAUCAAUAUUCCAAACCAAGAUUAUGCAUGUAAUACAUAUAUAUAUCAAUAAGAUAAUAUGACUUACUUUUCACAAUGACUUCUGAAUAUAUAUUUUUUCUAAAAUUUACAAAUUAUAUUAUUAACCAAAUAUCCUGAUUAUCAUAUGGGUUGUAUUUGUGUAUAAUCUUUUUUUUUUGACAGCGUAUUUGUAUAUAAUCAAAUGAAAAUGACUAAUGUCUUUUAUUUCAUUUUGUUUUCAAUACAUAUUACUGUAGUAUUAUAAAUCGCAUCUUCUUAUAGCAUUUAUAUGUACUUUUGAUUUUCCCUAUACCGUUCACUUUACACAUAUAUAUAAACAAACCAGCCCUCCAAGAAAGAAAUAAAUAAAUCACAUUGAUAAAGAAAAAUAAAACUCUUAAAAAUCAUAGACACUAUGAGAGUAGAAGAAGAAGGAGAAGAAGGGUCAAUGAGUAGGAGAAGCAGUCUCUCGAGUUUCCUCAGAGUCUUGUCUUCUUACAACUCCAAUGUCCUCUUAGCUGCUCUCGUCUUCCUUCUCUUAGUCGUCCUCUUCGUCUUGCUUCUCCAUUUCUACGCCCGCUUUUUCUGGUCACACUCCGACCAAGAAUUCUCCUCCGCUCCACGCCGCCGGAGAAGAAGAAGAAGAAGAACCGUCACAACUACAAGAAUCAUACCUCCAGCCCCACUCGGAGGUUUCGACGGUGGGGUUUCUCCUGCUACUGAUGCUGCUGCAACAAACGAUGACAAAGGUUUGGAUUCUUCAGUGAUCUCUUCGAUUCCUCUGUUUAUUUACGAAGACGACGAGAAAGACGAAGAAGAAGAGGAGGAGUGUGUGAUAUGUCUUGGUUUGUGGGAAGUGGGAGAGUUCGGAAGAAAGCUGAGAACAUGCGGACAUGGGUUUCAUGUUGAGUGUAUAGACAUGUGGUUGUCUUCUCACUCUACUUGUCCUCUCUGUAGAUCCCCUGUUCUCGCAGCUUCAGAUCAAGACAACCUUAAGCCGGCCAUUAAUGGCGUGGAAGAAGAGGGAGAGGUUAGAUUGCAAUUAUUUUCAGCUGGAGGAGAAGAACACCUCGCCGCCGAUGAUGAUCGGAGAUUUUCACUGUCUCUUGCUGCGAUAGAAGAUAAUCUCAAAACAGAGGUUGACGACGGAGACAACGAAGGAGAGGUUAGAAUUGAAGUGUUGGAUGAGGAGAUCAACGGCGGAGGAUCAAGAGGCCAUCGGAGAUCAACGUCUUCAGUGGCGUCAUCAGCAUCGAGUUCGUUGAAGAGGAUGUUGAGUAGUAGAAGUAGACCGGAGUGCAGCAAGGUGUUCCCGUCGGCGAGGCAAGAUUCAUCUCCGUAACAUUUAAACAGAUAUAAAUAAAAAUCUUGUAAAACAGUUUUGGAAAUGUACUAAAAUGAAUAAACAAAGCCUUGUAGUAAUCUAGUUGAUUAAGCUCUGGUUGAAGCUAAUGAUUAUGAUGACUUGACUUGACUUGUCUAUGCAAAUCAAUAGUACUACUUGUGCAACUAAAAGGCAAAACCAAUGUAUCUUAAUUGUCAUUUCUAUGGGAUCUCGUUAUCACA